AUGGCUGAGCGCCGGAAGCGCCAGCAUCCCCAGGGGCCCGCAGCGCAACGCCGGGAGAAGCGCCGUCGAGGAGCUAUCGACGAGGAUCGGGAGCCCAUCUACGAGCCCAAGCAGCUUCCGUGGGCCCAACACGAGGCGGCCGUCGAUAAACGGCAAGGCUGGCGGCGGUCGUACCGCGUGGAGAAGGCCAGCUUCCACAAGCUUGUCGAGCUACUCCGCCCUUCGCUGGCAGUCAACGCCUUCUUCGGCGCACUUAUUCUACAGCAGUAGGUACAGCAGUGUCUGCAUAAUAUGCAUACAGCAGCAGUCAUUGUAUGGUAACGACAGGAAGGUACUAUGGUGGCGCUGAAAUAAGUUCAGCAGUAUGAAUAGAGCGUGCAACACACGCCGGCACCACUAUACAUUAUACAUGCCUCGUCGGGAGCCUACACAGGUUGUCGUAUCCCGCAAUGAUAGCAUACAAGAGUCGACACGUGCUCCUCAUAUGCAUAUGCGAGGUUAGUUGUGUGUUCCGUGAAGAACACAGAGCCGUCUCACAACCCUAGUCGGGAGGUGUAUUGGGCCGGUACUCUGGCGAGUUUAACGAUGACAUGCAUCCUUUGACGCUGGCGAUUGUGGUCGGUGAUCGACGCGAUCAACAAGACGCCUGCGGUUGGGGCAUUCGACUUUCCCCUGACCGAGGAAGGCUGCAUGCGAAAUGCCAACAAAUUCAAGGUGAGGCCUAACGGUGGUAAUUACUGCUGCUGUGGGUUAUUCUUGGCGGCAUUCUCUUGACCAACCGCGGGAUGUCGUUUUUUUUUAUUACGUCUGGCGUUUCCAGCCGUUUUAGUGUAGGGAGGCCUAUACACAGCCUUCGACGGUAACGCAGGAAAAAAAAUGUCGUCCCCAGCGGAUACAAGUUCGGAUUGUCAUCGUGCUCAGCAUGCCUUUAAUCGAAAAACAACCCCCGGGUCCCGGGUGGUUCGCCAGCUGUUGGGUCUUUGUACAAAUGGCCUUUUUACAAUCUUUUUUUUUGGGUCAUAUAAGUGUAUGCUGGCCGUGUUGGUUCCGCCCCGCAACAGUGGCCCGGCAACUGCUUUUAGUCAACCACGUGGCUCUGAGAUACCCUGGUACAUUUUUACCGCUGAACCUGACGCAAUAUUGGGAUUAGCAAACACGGUAUGUGUACCGUUGCUGGUGAUGGCGCCGUCGCACACGACAUCAACCCACGCAACGUACAGCCGAACGCAAGUUACCGAAGUUCGUCAGCGUCCAUCUCUCGACCAUUUUUUUCCCCCUUCCCGGCACUGCUUCUUUCCCGCCCUCGUGUCUGCCGUCUACAAAUGCAGGAGAAGAGCACCGAUGGCAUUUUCUCCUGGGUCGUCGCCGCCGUGGAUGGUCUGUUCAUCAAGGCCAAGGCUCCGUUCCGGCUCCUUCGAGGAGCGGUGAGACCCCGGCCCGAGCGGCUAUCCGCACGGCCCUGGAGUUGAAGAAGCAGUGGAGGCCGGACUACAACCGUACCUCAAUGUAGAGGGCGGAGGGCGCUGGAACAACGUGUUUUGGGUGUUAGUACUAGGGUGUCGGCGCAUCCCGGGGAGAGGUGGGGGGUGUGAUGUGUGACAUGUUGAUUCUCGCUGACAUGUUUUGUGGGUGUCGGUGUGAAGCGUUCUGACCAGGUGAGUCCGGGUACACAUGGUUCGUAAUGUGUUUGUUCAUGCCGGCAACACUUUAUGGUUAACAUGCAUCGUGUGCGGAUGAAAGCGGGGUCCGGUAGGUCUCGGAGGGUGCUUGUUUUACCUAGGGCAUUAAAAGUGUGGGCAUGUUCGGCUUUUUUUUUUUCCUAAUUAGGAGCGUGUGAAUCGAAAACGUUGUUGUCGUUGAUACAACUUUUAAUGAUGUCUCUGCAUCCCUGCAUUAAAUAUUCGUCGCGUGGGUAAAACAUUGCUCCAGGUUGCAGACCUGAAGGAGACCCACACACACGCUAAAAAUUGGGGUCUUGUCGAAUCCCAUCGCGAACACAUUCCUGCGCUUCAAGUGAGCAUGCGCGGAUACGGGAAGAAUUGCAAGGCUCCAAAUUUGCGGAACCCAAGCGUGCAUCAGAGUUCCCGUCAAC